AUGUCUGCUCCAGUUGACACCUCUUUGACCAGCCUCAAGGAAAUCACUGCCAAGAUCAUGGCCAUCAUCACCGGCGCUCGGCAGCUUCCUCUGGGCCACAGCCACUUUUCUCUGACAACCCAGGUCAGUACACUCGUGGCCGAUGCGGUCCGGCAAUAUGGGAGUGGUCCCUACCUUCCGGGUCUCGUGUGUUCGUGCUCGAGGGAGUUGAUUCGUGUUCGGGGCAUGACUCCUCAGGUCUGGCCCAACUGGCACAGCAUCGGGUACGAUGAUACCUGUUUGUUGAUGCACCCCUGGCGCAGCAAGGUCCUUGCCUGGGAGGAGUUAGGUGAUUACACCUUCAAUCUCCUGGUUGUAUCCGGUCCUUCAGUAGGUCCAAUUCCUGUGGAUCUUCCACCCUCGCCUGUCAUCGCUGGGCCUUCUACCAACCCUGCCUCUGAGUCCUGGGAGAAGGGAAAAGAGGAAGUCUCCAAUGAUUCUGGAACUUCCCUCCCAACCCCGAAGUGCGCUAUAAAGACUCGGAAGCACGCGAAAACCACCGGCCUUGCCAAAUUCAAGGCGUUUGUUGAGUUGGAAGAUGAAGAGGACUCGGUCACUCAGCCGAUUUCAUGUGGGGUUCCGGAGGUCGUCCUCCCCCAGCUCUCCCCAGAUGUUGCAAGGACGUCUGGAUCACCUCGGUCACCCCGGAGCCUGAAGAAGAAACCCUUCGGGCCUGCUACGGCAAUUGCCGGCAAACAUCCGGAGGUCAUCGAGCCAAGAGGACCAGCACCCCGUGCAUGUCCUGCGUCUACUGCACCACCAAGAAGAUUAAGUGCAUCUCUGUCAAUCCAUCACCCGGACCAUCAGGAGGACCAGAUCCAGGACCCCUUCCAAAGCUCCUGCCAAAGCUCCGGCCGCCUCGCAAACCACUGGCCGGACGCGGAGUCAAUCUCGGGUCUCUUCCGUCACUCCUGGUCCAUCUGGUGCCCAAACACCAAAGUCCCAUCUUCAACUUCCGGAGUUCCUCAUUCAGCACUCAAUGUGCCAAUGCCGGAUUUGCAUGCCAUGGCAAUGGUGAUUCGGGAGGGUGCAGCUCGAAUUGCCGCUCUCGAGGAGCGUGUUGUUGAGCAGGAUGCUAAUAUUGACACCCUGCAACACCUUCAUGAAGGCCUUCGACACAAAAUCAUCCUCCGGCACCCAACAUUUCCACUUCCGGAUGCCCAAGGUGAUGCAACAUCAUUUUUGCUUCAUCAACCUGUCCCUCCGGUCAUGUCAACCCCUGCAUCCGCACUUCCUCCUCUCAUUGACCUGUCUAUGGAAGGGAUGGAGCCCAACCCCCCCCCAACCUCCAGGAUGAGUCUGCCAUUGACGGACUCAUAUUUGAGCUCAACCACUCAUUUCAAGUUGCAGGUUUCAGGCCUCGGCACUCGGUGA